AUGAAAUUACUAAAGCCACUAUGGGGUUUAGGAAGAAAGCAUGUGAGCACAUGGUCACCACUUGCCACGGCCUUCAACACCAGACCUACAUCCAGACCUAUCUUCGAUUCUUUGAGAGAAAGAACUGGUCUCUUCAACAAACCUGAGCUCAUUAGCUUUGAAGGAUUUUAUACACUAAAAGACCAAGCAAUAGCAGCUACAGAUCGGCUCAUAGAAGAAGCCACGUCAAAUCCUACGAGGCCUAUGGUGGAUAUAUUUGAUGAGCUUUCAGAUACACUAUGCAAAGUUGCAGAUUUAGCGGAAUUUGUGCGAAUAGCACACCCCCAGUCACAUUUUGCAAGUGCAGCAGAAGAAGCUUGUAUUAGUGUUAGUGGAGUUGUAGAAAAAUUAAAUACACACAAGGGUUUAUAUGAGGCUUUAAGAGAUUCAGUGGAACGAAACACAUGUGGAGAUCGGCAUCUUGCUGAACUGUUCUUGUUUGAUUUUGAACAAAGUGGUAUACAGCUACCAGAUGGACCAAGACAGGAAGUUGUUGCUCUUAACGACUUAAUCUUGCAAACUGGCCAGCAAUUUAUGGCAGGUGCAGCUAGGCCAAGGAGAGUCCCUAGAUCUGCUGUACCUCAAAAUGUUAGACAGUUUUUCAGCGCGGAGGGCGACAGCGUACUGGUGAGCGGCGUGUACGCGGAGUGCGGCGAGGCGGCGGCGCGCGAGGCGGCCUACCGCCUGUACCUCGCGCCCGACGCGCGCCAAGAGCGCCUGCUGGCCGCCGCGCUGAGGGCUCGCAGCCGCCUCGCGCGCCUCUGCGGGUUCCAGUGCUACGCGGACAGAGCCAUUAAAGCAAGUACCAUGGAAACAGCGACCAACGUUCGACAGUUUUUAGAUAUAUUGUCUGACAAUCUGUACGAUCGCGCCAAUAUCGAUUUCGAAGCAAUGAUGCGUAUGAAGAAGAAAGAGACGCCAUAUCAGGAUGCAUUGAUGUGUUGGGACACACCAUAUUACACGCAUAAAGCGAAGACGCAGUUACUGAACGUAGCGACGUCAGACUUUAAUCCGUACUUCUCCUUGGGUGCUUGCAUGGAAGGCCUGAAUAUGCUGUGUCAGGAGUUAUAUGGAAUCACUCUACAGCCGGAAGAUAUGUUGCCGGGCGAAUCCUGGUCGCCAGAUGUAUACAAAUUGGCGGUGAUGCAUGAAAGUGAGGGUUUGUUGGGCCACAUCUACUGCGACCUGUACGAGCGGCCCGGCAAGCCGCACCAGGACUGCCACUUCACCAUACAGGGCGGGAAGCUGCUUCCUGAUGGCUCUUAUCAAAACCCAAUCGUAGUGGUGAUGCUGUCUCUGAGCGGCGGGCACCGCUCGGGUCCGGCGCUGCUGGGCCCCGGCGCCGUCGACAACCUGUUCCACGAGAUGGGCCACGCGCUGCACUCCAUGCUGGCGCGCGCGCCGCACCAGCACGUGGCCGGCACGCGCUGCGCCACCGACCUCGCCGAGCUGCCCUCCGUGCUCAUGGAGCACUUCGCCGCCUGCCCCAGCGUCGUUCGUCGCUUCGCGCGCCACUUUCAGACUCGUGAGCCCAUGCCUGAAGAUAUGUUGCAUCGUCUUUGCGCGUCUAAACACCUCUUUGGUGCCAGUGAGAUGCAACUACAGGUGUUCUACUCAGCGCUAGAUCAGCAGUAUCACGGCGAACAGGCAGCGUGUGACGAUUCCACGGAUGUGCUUCGUCAGGUGCAAAAACGAUACUACGGACUACCAUAUGUUGAAAAUACGGCGUGGCAGCACCGCUUCAGCCACCUGAUCGGCUACGGCGCGAAGUACUACUCGUACCUGAUCUCGCGCGCGCUGGCCUGGAGCGUGUGGAGGCGCCACUUCGAGGCCGCGCCGCUGUCCCGCGCGGCGGGCGGCGCCCUGCGCGCGCGCCUGCUGCGCCACGGGGGCUCCGUGCCGCCGCAGAUCCUUCUCCGUGACUAUCUAGAUACAGAGAUUACUCCCAACACCUUAGCAAUGGCGCUCACCGAAGAAUUGGAUUAUCACAAGGACCACCUCGACACAGUGUUCAAAAUCACAGACAAAUGAGUUAAUAACAUAUCAAGUAACAGUAUUGUAGUAAAAUAUAGGACAGCUAAUAAACGCAGCUAGGUGCAGAGAGACAUAGGAUUUGUCUGGAAAAAACAUCAACAAGACACUCGAACACAGAAGAGACAAAACAUGAACUGACAUACUUUUAAUAAAAACCUUUUGAUCUAACGAGCUAUUUCGUAAUCUUGAUGCUAUUUGCUCAAAAUUAUUUAUAUAAUUUUUAAAAAUAGGUUUAUGUUAGACAUAUUAGUUUUGAAAUAUAAAGUAAGAAAAAACAAAAUGUCUAUUCUGGAAAAAAUACAUUAAAAAUGUAAUUAAUAUUCAUUAUUGCUUUAUUCAUGUGUUCGCCCUUUUUAUACUUGGUGGUAUACCACCAGAUGGCAUCUACAGAUACGGAAUUUAGCAUUUAACUUUUAGCUAUUCUUUUAAUAUAACUUUAUUGCCCUUGUAUAUUAAUGCUGUACUUAUUCUUUGUGAAUAGCGUUGGUAAUCUGUAAAUGAUAAUCAUUGGAAAGAUCAACUUUGAAAUCAGUAUAGGGCAGUACUAGGUAGGAUAUGAAUUAAAGUAAAUAAGAAACGAACUUUUAACAUUAUCUAAAUUUAUAUGUUUAUGCUCGUUUCAGCAUUUUCAUGCAUCUUGGCAAAUGCUCAAUUUACAUUGGUCAGGAACUUUUUGAAACUGGUAUCAAGCUAAUUUGCUGCCGGUUUAUAAUUGUUAGUUUUUAUGAGAAUUAUAUCACAGCUGUCAAUAAAAAUUUCCCGUUAUAUUAAAACUUCCAUACAAUUGCAAGAGAAAUGUGGUUUUAUAAUAUAUAUUUAACAAUUCUACUUAACGUUAAAAAUAACUUUC